UCUAAUAAUGUACAUGUCAGAUGCUAUACGCUUGGAACUUUCACGGCUAGUGGUUAAUGACUUUCCCAUACUUCGGCAAAGAGACUUCAAUCAUGGUUUACCGACCUAUUUUAUUUUCAACCAUAAAACUGCGAAGCCCUUUAGGUCUCCCCAGGAGAGGGAUUAAAAUACCUGGGACCCCGGGAAGGCGUCUGUGGUGCGGUUGUUUGAUCCGAAGCUCAGACCGAGUGUUUCUUUAAGUGCGUGUGUGGAGUUCUCCUGCGCCGGGUGAAAGGAGGGGUUGGAGAGUGACGCUGCGCCUUGGUGCUGAGCGGAGCGCUCACCUGCAGAUGAGAGAGCCGGGGAAACUCGGGCCAGAGCUGCAGCACACUCACGGAGCGAGGAGGGACCUAACGAAGGGACUGAGCAACAAGGGGGAUUUACACAAUUACUUAAGAAGAUUCGCGAAUCUAUCCUCUUUCUGGUUCCUCGUCCAGGCAGCCCUGGCUCGCUCGCUCGCCACGAUGAGAACUGACUUCGCUCUGGUCCUGACAGCAGCCCUUCUUUUUGACACGUUCGGGAGGAAUAAUGGGGAGCAAGCUUCCAAAGGUCCCUGCCGACCUGGCUUCUCACAAAGCUUCUACUCUGUGCUGAUUUCAAGGGAUGUACUGCAAGGCCAGGGCACACUCAAAGAUACCGCCGUGUCAUCACAAAAAGUGAAGUUCGAUGACUGCAUGGGGAAUGACGCUGUGGUCUUCCGGAGCAGUGAUCCGAUCUUCAGUGUGCGGACAGAUGGGUCCAUCUAUGCCCAGGGAGAGGGAGCCAGCCUGGACGAACCAGUCCAGUUUAAACUAACAGCCGGGGGUCCCACCACACGAGUCUGGGAGACGGUGAUCCAGCUGGCCCUCAUUGACCCACUGUUACCUCAACAAAAUGAGAAUGAGGUCAUAAAGGAAGAGGGGAAAGUCGCGGAGAGAAAAGAGAGGAAGGAGGCGUCACAAGCACCACCUCCUGUCAUCAUGUUCUCAGGGUCGGGCAGGAACAGCUCCAAGGGUCUGAGGAGACAGAAGAGGGACUGGGUGAUCCCACCAAUCAACGUGGCAGAGAAUUCUCGAGGACCGUUCCCUCAGAUGCUCGUCAGCAUUCGCUCAGAUCAAGACAAGGACAUAUCCAUCCGAUACAGCAUCACUGGGGUGGGAGCAGAUCAACCGCCUAAUGAGGUGUUCAAUAUCGACCCCGUGGUAGGAAAGAUGUUCGUCACCAAACCUCUCGAUCGAGAACAUCGCUCUUCCUACCAUCUGCGAGCCCAUGCUGUGGACAUGAAUGGGAACCAGGUGGAGAACCCCAUCGAUCUGUACAUCUUCGUCAUCGACAUGAAUGACAACAGACCCGAGUUCAAAAACCAGGUCUACAAUGGCUCUGUGGAUGAAGGCUCUAAACCAGGGACGUAUGUGAUGCACGUGUCAGCGUUCGACGGUGACGACAACACCACGGCUAACGGAAUGGUGCGCUAUCGAAUCCUGUCCCAGACGCCGCACAGCCCCAUCCCCAACAUGUUCACCAUCAACAGUGAGACUGGAGAUAUCGUUACCGUGGCAGCCGGCCUCGAUCGAGAGAAAGUGUCCCAGUAUACCAUCAUCGUACAAGCCACGGACAUGGAGGGAAAUCUAAACUUCGGCCUCUCCAACACGGCCACUGCCAUCAUCACUGUCACCGACAUCAACGACAACCCUCCCAUGCUGACCUCAAGAACUUUUUCCGGUGAGGUCCCGGAGAACCGAGUGGAUCUUGUGGUGGCUAAUCUGACGGUGAUAGAUGCUGACCAACCGCACUCUCCGAACUGGAACGCCAUCUACAGGAUCAUCAGUGGAGAUCCGAACGGGCACUUCACCAUCCGCACGGACCCCGUCAGCAACGACGGCAUGGUCACCGUGGUGAAGCCAGUAGACUAUGAGAUGAACCGUGCCUUCAUGCUGACGGUGGUGGUCACCAACCAGGCCCACCUAGCCAGUGGCAUCCAGUCGUCGCUCCAGUCCACAGCUGGAGUCACCAUAUCCGUGCAGGACGUCAACGAGCCCCCUUACUUCCCCAAUAACCCCAAACACAUCCGCUUUGAGGAGGGGGUCCCUGCUGGCACCAGCCUCACGACCUUCUCUGCCUCCGAUCCCGACCGACUAUCGAUGCUGCAGACAAUCAGGUAGGCUCUCCUGCAGCCAGCGGCACGGGCACUCUGCAGAUCUAUCUGAUAGAUAUUAAUGACAACCCCCCAGCACUCAUACCCAGGGAGUCUCAGAUCUGUGAGCGGGUGAACAAGAACGUCCACGGGGUCAACAUCACCGCUGCCGACGCCGACACAGAACCCAACGCUGGACCCUUCGUCUUCGAGCUGCCCAACUUCCCCGCCAGCAUCCGGCGCAACUGGACCAUUUCUCGGAUCAGCGGUGACUACGGCCGCCUUGGCCUGCGGUACCAGAUAUAUCUAGAGCCCGGCGUGUACGAGGUCCCUGUGAUCGUGUCGGACUCGGGGAACCCUCCGAUGUCCAACCGGUCCGUCAUCAAGGUGAAGGUGUGUCCCUGCGAUGAGCACGGAGACUGCACCACCCUCGGAGCUGUGGCCGCCGCCGGCCUGGGGACGGGAGCCAUCAUCUCCAUCCUCAUCUGCAUCAUCAUCCUGCUCAGCAUGGUGCUGUUGUUCGUGUUGUGGAUCAAGCGCAGAGAGAAGGAGAGGCACACCAAGCAGCUGCUUAUCGACCCUGAAGACGAUGUCAGGGACAACAUCUUAAAAUACGAUGAAGAGGGGGGAGGAGAGGAGGACCAGGACUACGACCUGAGCCAGCUGCAGCAGCCUGACUCCUUGGAGCACAUCAUCAGCAAGCCGCCGGGCGUCCGCAGGGUGGACGAGCGUCCCAUCAUCCCCGAGUCCCAGUACCCAAUCAGACCUGUCGUGCCCCACCCUGGAGACAUCGGGGACUUCAUCCACGAGGGUCUGCGAGCGGCGGACAACGACCCCACCGCCCCCCCCUACGACUCCCUGCUGGUGUUUGACUACGAGGGCAGCGGCUCCACCGCCGGCUCCGUGAGCACCCUCAACUCCUCCAGCACGGGGGACCAGGACUAUGACUACCUAAACGACUGGGGCCCUCGCUUCAAGAAGCUGGCCGACAUGUACGGAGGAGGCGACGAUGAUUAAAUAGUCACAUAUCAAACACACACACACACACACACACACCCUCGUCCCGUCAGCUGGCCUGCCAUGCUCUGUCUCUACAACACAUGGAGCUCUUACACCCUUACUGAACACGAGUUAACAAUGACAUGUUCCCACUGACCAACCAACCAAUCCAGAUUCCCCCCCGCAGAGGUCCGGCGGCAGGAUUCUGUUUCCGGGCUUUUCUCAACCGUCUCCUGCUCUAAGCCUGCAGAAGAAACUCUGACUUGCAGGAUCUGUUUGUAUUUUCAAACGCUUGUGCUUUCUUUCCUUCAAAGGUUUUGUGCUAGAUAUAGAUUUUAGUUUUGGGUAGUCAGAUUUUGUUUUUCUCUUUAGUUUGAGCAGCUUUAUUUGUCCCCCACUCCCCUUUGAUUCUGUUCUCCUGAGGGUUUUCACUCCUCCCUCAGUCAGCCCCCCCCCCCUGCCUCUCUGCAGAAGUUUUAGGUUGAGCUGCUUGCUUUGUCUGAGGGGAGCAAAAAGGGAAAAAAAGAAGAACACAGAUAUGAAAGUCCUUCGUGCACGGAGGAUCCUGUUUUAUUCUUUCUUGAACUGGAAUUACUUAGAACAGAAGCACUGUUGUUUAAAAAGUGCCUUCAGUGGUGCGCAUCUUUUAGCAGACUCCCGCUAACUCAGGAUUGGUUGCCAUUCUCUGGGCUUACAUGCCCCCAUAUGACCCCUGACCCUUUAACGCAGACCUUCCCUUGUCAUUCUCAUCGCCCUGCAGCUCUGUGGUAGCUGCAGGAAGUGUCAGUGUCAGUUUCAGAGGAGAGUAGACAGGCCUCUGAGGGCGCUUUAUGUAGACGUACUGCACCUAGGCCUACAGUGUGUCUGUCAGACGAUUCAUUAACUCUUCAAGUCUGGCAUAUCUGUGUUCCUAGAUCACAGCCGACUUGAAUGUGAUUCCUGAAAUCACAGAAAUACUUCAUGGGACUGUCUUAGAGAAGAAAUGCAUUGCGUGUCUUUGUUUAUCGUGGCUUCAAUAGCAGCUGUGUUUGUUUUGAGCGCUCAGUAUUUGCACAAAACUCGAUAAGGCUUGUAACUGAACUUUGAAGAUUGACAUGUCACGUGUGUUACCUCUCUAAUGUUAUUGUAUAUGAAUGAGGGUUAUUUAAAGAGAGUUUGCCUUCAAGAUCAUUCAAGGUUUGCAUGUUUGUCCCUUUGCCCAAAGGUAAUUAACAUGGCAGCAGCUAUUGUGUGGUAAAUGUGUCAAAGAAAAGUAUUUAAACUGUACAAACAUGAGGGAAAAGAAAAACAAUGUGACUCAGCUCUGACAGCGUUACAUGAAGAGUGUACGAGCCCCAUUCUGAGAUCCCUUUCUCUCUUUCAUUUCCUUUCUCUUUUGUUGAUUCACUGUUGUUUCUCAGAAAACUUUUAAUAUACAGACUUUGGUGCUGGUCCAUGUCGCAGAAAUUGAGAGAAUUGAGCCUGAGCCAGGGAAUUAGCGCCUCACAAUCUGUCUCCGUUCAGGCAGCAUUUCAUUCAUUGCAAAUUUUCUCUUGAAUUCUUUGGCUCCAAGUUCAAGAGGUUUUGAAAAGAAGUUAGAGGAAGGAAAAGUCUGUUACGAAGUAUUAUGAAAGCAUACAUGCAAAGCUAAAGCUUCAGUAAAAGACAGUGUGGAUGUGACUUUAAAAUUGAAAAUGCAGCACUACCCAUGGGCGUUUGUAAUCCCAUUUCAGACCCCCCAGAAUCGCAUACAGAGAACUGAAAAGAAAGCACUUUAGCCUUUGUUUUAAAUUAUUGAAAUAUGCAAAACAUUUUGAAGAAGGGACCAGGGAGAUGCUGCCGAAUGAUAGAAAGGUUCAAUCAUUCCUUAUCUUCUGAGUGUUCGAUGAAACACUCCUCGGUUGUUUCAGCUGGUUGACCAGGUCUUCUAUUAAUUAUGAACGCUUGAAGGAAAUCUCAGUAACGACCAUGUGCUUCAGAAGAGGCUCUUUGUUUUUCUCCAGCUGCUUUUCACCCGUUACCUGCUCAUAGUUCACAUGAAUGGCUGUAGAUAAAUACAAUCGUUCCCAAAUGGUAACAAUUGUUUUAACUUUAUGUUCAAAGUAGAUGGAAAGGAAUUCACUUGACAAGAUAUGGAAAUGUUAAUGCAAAUAUUCAUAAUGCCAUUAGAAUGAAAUAAGGAUGAGGUUUGACAAUGAAGAAGGGAAGAAAGGUCAAAGUGUAAUUAAAGAGAUUAACAGGGUAUAAACGUGGUGAUUUAGAUGAAUACAUAAAUGGUUCAAAUUGCACCUGGAGGUGUCGACAUUGACAGCGGCGGUGUUCAGGAUAGCUGUCGGCUUCCAGCGGAGACAGAGCGGUUUCCACUGCGUUCUGCUGGAGAAGCUUAUCUAUCCGAUUGCUCCUCAGCCUACGGAAUAUCUUUACAAAAUAAACACAGCUGUUACUUUCUGCUAUUUGUGAUUAUUUCUGACAUAUAAAUGUUGUAUAUUCGGAACAUUUUUAUACAUUUGGUUAUCUGAUUUAUCUGUUUCUUUGUGGUGUUUGCGUUUGAUUUCCAGUUUUGUUUUUGAAUGAAUUCUUGGCAUACUUCACCACAAAAAGCCAUGUGCAUUUUAGAGAAUCCGUGCGAUUCUGUGUGAGCUUACAGCCGUACCUGCAUCGCUGUUCGAGGUUAGCUUCAUCACUUCAGACCAACUUGUACAGUCUAUACUAGCACACACUCACUCCUCUAGGCCUUACUGUAUAUAUGCGAGUGUUCAAUAUAACAUGAGCUCUUUCAGCAAUGUUCUAAAACAGCUUCAGAGCUCCAACAUUACUGAAGGCCAUCCAGUGUUCACAGGAUAAAGGCGGGCUCAAUGAAAAUGCUCAUGCUUUCUAACAGAUGUAAAGAUGGGGGUUCAGGGCCAAACAUAGCAGGAGGUGGCCCACACACACACACACACACUUUACACAAGGUCACUUUUGUAACUGUGUCAUACAUACAAACAUGACACAAUGCCAUUAUGAUGCUGAAUGUUAUCAAAGACUCGCAGUGACAAGUGGCAGUGAACCUUUGACUCCCGUUUAAAUGCAGUUUGUGUGAGGAAAUGAAGGAAGAUUGAUCAUUACUUGGACUCGGUCCUCUUGUAUUAUUGACGCUCUUUUGCUUAAGUUUCGAGGGAAUUAGCAAAUGAUAGAAUGACGGAAGAACUAUUGCACUGCUGUCUUCAUGUUGGCUCUUCUGCCUGUGACUGGUGUUAGUUAAAGGACACUUAUAUACGGGGGACUGCCUGACCGAGGACACACACGUGACCGAGGACACACACAUGACGGGAGGCUCCAGCAGAAGACGUCUGCUCUGCUUAAGCCAGAACUACAAAUACAGACAGGCAGCAGUGUUUCAUACGAGUUCUCCCAAUACUGCUCAAGUCCAAGUGUACAUAAUGUAGUAUUUGCUUGAUGCUAAACAGACCAAGUUAGGCAAACUGUACCUGUACAAUUGGAGCUUUUUGCAUGUGUCUUUUUAUAAUGGACAGAUGAGUUCUAUUACAGUAACCAUACAACAUUUUAAAAUCUGUUGCAGCCCGCAUGACCGAGGCUGCAGUCCAGAAGGGAUUCUGGUGUACCAUACUCAAAGUUUCAAAUGAAGGAGAAAAAAAAAAAAAUCUGAAAAAACGAUUGCACAGUUAUCGAGUUAAAAUACUUUUUUUGUAAAUUGUCAACAGCACAAAUAUUUUGUAUUGUUGUUUGUACCAUUUUGUAAGAAAAUGAAAAGAAAAGAAAAAAUAGGGAAAGAGUCUGUUGUUUCGAGCGUGUGUUUAUAGUGCCACUGCAAUCUUGGUUUCCAAAUACCGUACAGUAUGCGCAGCCUUGCAGAUCAACCUUGUAAUAUAGCUGCUGAGCUGGAGACCCCUGUCAGCACCAUGUGUUAUAAAUAAAAUGUCCCCUCCUUAUAAGAA